AUGUCUGGCAUCCAGUUAGGCAAUCGGACGACUCUGUCAUCAGACGUCUCGUCUUCCGGCCAGGAACCUCGCAAGCAACCGACUUAUACAACGGUCGGUUCGAUCUACAACCCGGAUGCCGCAACUCCUAUUCAACCCCCCACCCGCCGUGCCAGGACCAGGCGCAAUCCCUUUUCUGGUAGAGACAACAGCCUGGUUAACUUCUUGGACCUUGUCGAUUCGGUCCUUGCCACGGGGUCUGCCUCAAGCAACAACAACUGGCCGAGUCAGUCCUCAUCGUCCUCGACUGCAUUCAACUAUACACCGCUCCAACAAAACGACGCCAGGGCAGUUAGCCCAGUCAGAGAUCGGGGAAAUUCCACAUCUAUCAGCGUGGAUAUGCCUAUCCCAAACCUUCGUUCGGGAGGCCUUCCGUCUCCGACAGGGUUCAACGACACUCUCAGUCCCGAAGACGCUCUAGCAGCUCGGAUCAAUGUCAAAGGACUGACAAACUUGGCAUCGUAUCCUAAUCCCAUGCAGAAGGCUGCUCAAAAGGCUCUAGCGAGGGCCCGGCUUGCAAACCUCAAUCGAUCGGAUAGUUCUUCGACAUCCUCGCUUGGCCAGUCAGACUUAAUCAAUGAUCGUUUCCUUGGGAUCCAGAACUCGACAAGUGUCGCAACGGGACUGCCCCGGCCCUUAACCGCAGGACCGCCAGGUCAGCGACCAUUUAAGUCAACAACACUUGACGCAGCUUCUAGGUGUCUUCGCGUCGAUGACCAAAUGUCUCCACUGGCAAGCAUUUUUCGACCUAGGUCAUCGCUUGGUGUUCUCAACAAUCCCGGUCCUUCUCGUCCUGUCUUUGAGGAUGGCAAUGGGUUGACAGGAGGUGACAGGUUCGGUUCAAUUGUCAAUGAUGAGAGGCAGCACCAUGCUGUAUCAUACCCCUCAGCUGACCAAUCAACGAUUCGCUCACUGUCUCUUAGAAGCCCUUCUGAGAUGCCUGGUGCUCCCUCGAAUGAUCUUCGGAACAAGAUUCAGGAUACUCUUCCUCCCGAGAGAGCCAAGGUAUACUUCGGUAACAGCUUGCCCCCUAGCUACAACGGACGGUACAAGCCCAUUCCGGACGACUGGCAUUCAAAGUAUCCGAUCAAUGAACGCAACCUAACACAAGAUCCUAUUACCGACCGAAUGACUAAAGUUAACCGGAUCUUCUAUUCGGGUGCCGAGAGCCUGGUCAAGAGCAUGGAUCAAAUCGUGCGUGAUCGCAACUAUCGUCGUCUGGAAAACAAAGUGGGAGUUAUUGGAGAGGAACGCGAAAGACUUCGUGGCAGUCACAUGGAACGUGUUGGAGAGGACGGGAAACUGUUGCUGCCGCAUCUCACGGUCGAGCAAGCAAACGAAAUGGAGUCGGCCGAGCUUGUGAAGCCUUUGCUCAACAUGGCUUUUGCCACCUUGCUGGGCUACAAGACCGAGGCCCAGGCAGGCUCGUCGAACCGCAACCCGUCCCUUCACAGUUUCAAGGUCGAAGAGGAGUGGAUUGACCACAGCGAGGACGGUCACUCGAGCUUCUUUAGCAUUCCUCCGGAGGAGCAAGCUAGGAAGCGGGUUCGCAGGAAGGCUAGAAGGGGCUACUGA